AUGUCUUCGUUUUCUGAGCGUCGCCCGGUUCGGAAGACCAGGGGAUCAGAUCAAACAACUCGCUUCCGGUCGUGCGAGUGGUUGCGAAACGUACAGGCGGGCUCCGGAGCUCAGAGAGAGCGGCCGGUGAUCGGUUUGGGAAUCCUGGAGCUCGCGAAUCGGAGAAGGACAGGUGCUCGGUUUUGUAGGGGUUUCUUAAGCAACAAAAGCAACAAACGCAACAUCACCAAGCAGGCCUGUUUCUUUGAAGUGACUGAAUCCUCACCUGUGACUCAGGUCACUUGCAUGUUUAAGGCCGGAGACGAGGAUGGCACCACGUCGGACCCGGACGAAGAGAGUCCAGGUCUUUCACCGAAUCCAUUUUUGAGCGCCACCAACUGGGUAUAG